AUGACCUCUGUUGUGCAUUCGAUGGUUCAUGUACCUCAAACAUUAAAGGAUUUCGGUCCUGUCCAGAACUAUUCAACAUUUAACUUUGAAAGUGUAAUUGGUUCUAUAGUUCAAUCAGUAAAUGGAACUAAUCUGAUCAUUCCUGAAUUGACAAACAAUAUCAACAUUUUGAAAUGUGCUACAGCUCAACUUAGCGAAAUAAAUCCCUCAACACAUCUUCAUGGAUUUAUACGCCGUCUAUUUUCUUCAAAACGACAAGCGCUUCCAAGGCAAGCAUCACCCGACGACAAUAGAUCUAUUCGUCUUGGUCGUAAAUUAACAUUAACAUAUGAUCACAUCACAAUGGUUUACUUACGGCAAAAACAAGUUUUCAAUUUUUGUGUUCAUGAAACAUGCUGGAAGAAUAAUAUUCGAUUUUCUAUUCAUGAAUCUAGCUCAAAUACCAAAACUUGUGAUUCAUGUGUUUUAUUUAAGGAGAAUCAUGAAACCAAUUGUGGCUUUAUUGUGGCUAUUAUUUCUGAUGCAAUGAACCAAUGUUAUACUUUGAUUCAUACAGUACGCAUCGAGCGACGAGAUACUCUCGUCAUCAACAAGAAGAAGCUGGUGAAUUCAUUCAUGUUUUGGGGACAACUAACUAACCCACCAAAUAUGGUGAUGGUUCAUAUAAAUGAUAUUGUUGUUAAACUUGCACAUAGCAAACAGGAUAUCUUCCACUUUUUCCGAUAUCCAAACACAGUAGAAAGCACUUAA